GUCCCGACUCUCAGCCCCCUGCUCUAACCACUAGACCCCACGCCCCUCCCCCAGCUGGGGAUAAAAACCAGAAGUCCUGAGUCUCAGUCACUGUCACCACUAGAGCCUAUUGCUACCAAACCAGCAAGUACAUUGCCUUUAAAGGCCAGGAACACACGAUCAUGGUUCCCUUUCCUCCCCUGAGGCACCAGCCACUCACGGUGCCUGGGGCUAUUGCCACAGAUGCAAAUGAAGAUGAUUCCUCCUUACCUGCCCCCAACCUCUCUGCUGUUUCCUUAGUGUUAGCGGUGGGAUCAGACCAGAGUCUCAGCCACUAACCCAGGCCCAAGUCCCAGGCCGGCUCAGCGCUCUGCCCUGGACGGAGAUGGCCUUGGUGCUGGUCCCUGCCUUUUGCCUCCUGACCGGCGCCUCUGCCCAGGAGUGGGGCGUGACAUUUGCACCAGGGCCCCUGGCUGGUUGGACCGGCUCCUGCGUGACCAUCCCCUGCUCCUUCACCUACCCUGCGGGGUGGACGGUGACGGCCGUGAUCUGGAAACGGGACGAGGAUCAAACCGUCUAUGACUCGGAGGAGGCUCGUGUCCACGCGGCCUUCAAGGGGCGCGCCCACUAUCUGGGGGACCUGCAGCGCGACUGCUCCCUGCGGGUGUCGGGGCUGCGCCCCAGCGAUCAGGGCACCUACCGCUUCCGGUUCGAAGUAGUGCGCCCUGGCAGGAGUGAGGGAUGGUGGAGUACAUCAGUACAGCGACUCACGGUCUCCGACCAUCUGUGCCAGCCCUCCCUGGGGCGCCGAAUGCAACCGGGACCCUCCCUCAACUGCUCCGUGCGGGCAACCUGCCCCCAUCGCCCCUCGUGGUACGACCGAGAUGGCGCACGGCGGAGCCCAGGGCAAACCCCGGGUGGGGCUGGGACGACCGAGCUGCCAAUAUCCCCGUCCCAGCUGCACCCUGGCGUGGCUCUGAGAUGCCAGGUGGAUGGAUACAGGAAUGAGUGUGACUCUGACCAAUCCCAGCCCCUGGGAACAGUUGCCCCCAACGUGCCCAGGGUCGAAGUUUCGUGGCUGGCAGGGAAGGCAGCACUAAGGGAAGGCGAUGGUUUUACCCUGCGCUGCCAGGCUGCUGCCCUGUGGCCCGUCGCCGGGUACAUCUGGUCCCGUGGGGACGUGUGGCUGCCAGGAGCCAGGCAGGAUUUACGUGUUGAGAAGGCAGCCGUCUCCGACGGAGGGAGCUACGCGUGCGGGGUCUGGGUGUCCAGCCCCGGCUGGGGGUAUCUGAGCCUCUCUGCGAGGGAAUCGGUCGAAGUUCAGCACGCCCCCACAGGUGUCCGCGUGUCGGCAGCGCCGGGCACCAGCCCGCAGGCAGGGGAAUCGGUGACGCUAACGUGCAGUUACACCAGCAGCCUCCCCGCCCCCAACUCCUACACCUGGUACCGGGGCGGCCGGCAGCUGGAGGGAUCCCGGCAGGAAAUGGUGUUGAAGAACAUCACGGCGGAGCAGGCUGGGGAGUAUCGCUGCCAGGCCGACAAUGGGAUCGGCCAGUCCCCGUCCCCCCCCAUCAAAAUCACCGUCCUGUCCACCCCCCGUGUUUGGGCUCCCGCGUACAUCCUAGGACCUGCAGUUGCGCUUGUCCUCCUGCUGCUGGUGGGGCUGGUCGGCGUCACAGCUUGGAGGAAGAGGCGGAGCAAACGCCAGGGGCUGAGCAGCGAUCCGCGCGCGCACCGAGGUGUGUCCGCGCUCUCUGUAUGGCACCGGGCAAUCCCACAUCUACAGCCAGCCCAUGAACAUGGGGAAAGUACUACUGGCGCUGAGCUUUCCCGCAGGCCAGAGACGGAGUCACCCUAUGAGGAACUCCAAGGACGGACCCAGGAUAUUUACAGCGAGUUGAACUCUCCCCAAGCUGGUUCCCACCGAGCUCCGCCGAAAUUCUGACCAGUCCUGGGACCCCUCUGCACGGCCGGGACCUUAAACACAAAGAGAAGCCAUCGCUCAAUGGGGGCAGAUCCCAGCGGGGUCCACAAGCGCCGGCUUUCCAUUGUGCCGGGGGGUGCUCGAGCCCUGGCUCUGCCCCAGGCCCCAUCCCCACUCCACCCCUUCCCUCAAGGCCAGACCCCUGCUGUGCUCCCACCCCACCUCUUCCCACCCCCGAGUGUGCUGCUUCCUCACUCCUCUCCAGUGUGCCCCGGUGGGCAGGAGGAGCGGGGAGGGAGGGGGAAGCACUGACGGGGGGCUGCCGGUGGGUGGUCGACGCCUAUGCUGGGGUCAAGCGGCCGUAGCUGCAUUGGAAUGAAUGGGGCCAGACCCCCAGGUGGGGUGACAUGGCCAUCACUCUACUGGAGAACUUGCCUGGGAAUAAAUAGCUCCGCAAUGCAGGGACUGGGUAAUUCUUUUUCGAGAUCAACUUUAGAAAAAAUAGUGGAAAUCCCGAGACAAAAAACAGCGGUUAACUUGGGGUUAAAGGUGAGACGUGCUGAGCAAUUCCCAGGAGCAAAGGAGAGGGGAACAAGGGAGAUUUCAAAUCCCAAAGAGGAGACAGGCAGGAAAUUCCAGGGUCAAGUCAAAGUUAGGAGAAUCCGGCAGCUGGGGGACGAGCAGUGGGCGUGAGCUUGGUUCAGAGGGUUUUCCCGGCUCCUCGAGGAGGGUGAACACAGGCCGGGGCGUUGACGGUGGAGUCUCAUGGGGUUCAGGAUCCUGGCAGCGCAGAGGGCACCACGGCCCGCAGGGACCUUGGCUUGGCUCUGUUACAAUAGUCCCCAGGCUGUUCGAAUAGUCUCCAGGAUUGUCCGAGGGGCUGGCAGUAUCCCCGGAGCGCAUGAUUUCCUGCUGGGGAUGCAGAAAGACACACAGUGGGAAAGACGGUCUGAAAACCAGUGAUCACACCCCCAGGUUGAGGUGUGUGUGUGUCUGCCCCUAUGGGCAGUCGGGCGAGGAGCGGUUGGAUCAGGGGCCGGGCAGCAGGGACUCCUGGGUUCUAUCCCCAGCUCUGGGGUGGGAGAGGGGCCCAGUGGGUUAGAGCAUGGGGG